AUCGGCGUGCGGGGGGGUGGGUGAUGCUCGGCUCCGGGGCAGGUGGGCGCGCGGCCUGCGCCAUGAGCCUUUGCAGGGCUGACUAGCCUCGUCAGUUUUGAAGUCAUGAGUGCUACUGGGAACCUCAUGGAUUUCCUUGACGAGCCAUUCCCUGAUGUGGGGACAUAUGAAGACUUCCACACCAUCGACUGGCUGCGGGAGAAAUCGCGGGACACGGACAGACACAGGAAGAUCACAAGCAAGAGCAAGGAGUCCAUCUGGGAGUUCAUCAAGAGCCUCCUGGACGCCUGGUCGGGAUGGGUGGUGAUGCUGCUCAUUGGCCUGCUGGCAGGCACCCUGGCCGGGGUCAUCGACCUGGCUGUGGACUGGAUGACCGACCUGAAAGAGGGCGUGUGCCUGUCCGCCUUCUGGUACAGCCAUGAGCAGUGCUGCUGGACUUCCAAUGAGACAACCUUUGAGGACAGGGACAAGUGUCCGUUGUGGCAGAAGUGGUCGGAGCUGCUGGUCGGUCAGUCGGAGGGUGCCAGCGCCUACAUCCUGAAUUACCUGAUGUAUAUUCUGUGGGCACUGCUCUUUGCAUUUCUGGCUGUCUCCCUGGUGCGUGUGUUUGCACCCUACGCCUGCGGCUCUGGCAUCCCCGAGAUCAAGACCAUCCUGAGUGGCUUCAUCAUCAGAGGCUACUUGGGCAAGUGGACGCUGCUCAUCAAGACGGUGACUCUCGUGCUGGUGGUGUCCUCAGGCCUGAGCCUCGGCAAAGAGGGGCCACUGGUGCACGUGGCCUGUUGCUGCGGUAACUUCUUCAGCAGCCUUUUCUCCAAGUACAGCAAGAAUGAAGGCAAGAGGCGUGAGGUGCUUUCGGCUGCAGCUGCUGCGGGCGUCUCUGUAGCCUUUGGGGCUCCCAUUGGAGGGGUGCUCUUCAGUCUAGAAGAGGUCAGUUAUUAUUUCCCGUUGAAGACGCUCUGGCGCUCCUUCUUUGCCGCCCUCGUGGCAGCCUUCACACUUCGCUCCAUUAACCCCUUUGGGAAUAGUCGUCUUGUUCUCUUUUACGUGGAGUAUCACACGCCCUGGUACAUGGCUGAGCUCUUCCCCUUCAUCCUGUUGGGAGUCUUCGGGGGCCUGUGGGGUACCCUUUUCAUCCGCUGCAACAUCGCCUGGUGCCGGAGACGCAAAACAACACAGCUUGGGAAGUACCCAGUGCUGGAGGUGAUUGUGGUGACGGCCAUCACUGCCAUCAUCGCCUACCCCAACCCUUACACACGUCGGAGUACCAGUGAGCUCAUAUCACAGCUGUUCAACGACUGUGGGGCCUUGGAGUCCUCACAGCUCUGUGACUACAUCAACGAUCCCAACAUGACCCGGCCUGUGGAUGACAUUCCUGACCGGCCUGCUGGCAUUGGGGUCUACACUGCCAUGUGGCAGCUGGCUCUGGCACUCAUCUUCAAGAUUGUCAUUACUAUCUUCACCUUUGGUAUGAAGAUUCCUUCUGGCUUAUUCAUCCCUAGCAUGGCUGUGGGAGCAAUGGCAGGCAGAAUGGUGGGCAUCGGCGUGGAGCAGCUGGCAUAUCAUCACCACGACUGGAUCAUCUUCAGGAAUUGGUGUCGGCCUGGAGCAGACUGUGUCACACCAGGACUAUACGCCAUGGUGGGAGCGGCAGCCUGCCUAGGUGGGGUAACCCGGAUGACGGUGUCACUGGUGGUCAUCAUGUUCGAGCUGACAGGCGGCCUUGAGUACAUUGUUCCCCUGAUGGCGGCUGCUGUCACCAGCAAGUGGGUAGCGGAUGCCUUUGGGAAGGAGGGCAUUUACGAGGCGCACAUCCACUUGAAUGGGUACCCAUUCCUGGAUGUCAAGGAUGAGUUUACCCACCGCACACUGGCCACCGAUGUCAUGCGGCCCCGGCGGGGCGAGCCUCCACUGUCAGUACUCACGCAGGACAGCAUGACGGUGGAGGAUGUGGAGACGCUCAUCAAGGAGACUGACUACAAUGGCUUCCCUGUUGUGGUGUCCAGAGACUCAGAGCGCCUCAUCGGCUUCGCCCAGAGGAGAGAACUCAUCCUGGCCAUCAAGAAUGCCAGGCAGAGGCAGGAGGGCAUUGUGAGCAACUCUGUCAUGUACUUCACGGAGGAGCCUCCGGAGCUGCCGGCCAACAGCCCACACCCCCUGAAGCUGCGGCGGGUCCUGAAUCUCAGCCCUUUCACCGUCACUGACCACACCCCCAUGGAGACAGUGGUCGACAUCUUCCGGAAGCUGGGGCUUCGCCAGUGUCUGGUGACACGCAGUGGGAGACUUCUUGGCAUCAUCACAAAAAAGGAUGUUCUGAGACACAUGGCCCAGAUGGCAAACCAGGACCCCGAAUCCAUCAUGUUUAAUUAGAAACAAGGUGGCACCGAUUUCCCAGGAAAACAUAUACCAGUGUCCUUGGAAAGGAAAUCAGACCGAACUCUGACUACCCUCAUGGAUGCCUCCUCGGGGACAGCUGAAACAAAAGUUUUGCAAGAAAGGGAAGAAAAUGAAACCUUUGUAGAAAACACUAGCCACCUGCGAAUAGGCUUUUUGUAGCAUUAAUAACCCCUUCCAAAUGCCCAGCCGUGUUUGUUAUCGAAUUGACUGACUACCUGGGGACCUGGGAGUUAAGGAUGUGGCUGACCAUGGAGCAUAAUUGCCCCAUCCAGCGAUCUUUUCUCUUGGGAUUAGGAAGCUCUGAGCUCCCUUGGCCCCAGGGGCUCUGCUGCGUCAGCAUCCUUAUUUAUCAAGUCCUGCAGAUUCACUGCUCUAUUGCUCUCUGAUCCAGAUUUCAAGCAGUGGUACUUUGUGGGAAAAGCAAAGGGAAUUUAAUUAGAACAUUAGUCCCCUUGGCCAGCCCUUCCAAUGAUGUCAUCCUUCCGCAGUCCUGUCCUCAGCCUGUUCUUUUGCUUCCCAAUUUCUGGACCUAUGUGAGAAUGAGUGUGAAGCAGUCACUUGAUUUGGUUCUGCAAGAUCAGCCUCUUGGCACUGCCUGAUGAUCUCUUGGGGAUGGGGGUUUAGUUCUGCCUGCUGCUGCAUUUCCUGCUGUACCAAGGGAUUCUUCACCCCCCACACACAUACACUUUGAGGGUGCACAACACCACCUCGUGGAUCUACGUCUUCUUGUGUUUGCUUUAUUUCUUUAUUCAUGUGUAUUCUGGAAUACCCUCACUUUCUAAUAUGCUACUUUUCAUGAGUCUGAGCUGUUUGCUGCCCAGCUGGUCAGAGGAGCUCUUGUAUUUCUGACUGACAUGUAGGAGAGUCCAUGCAAACUCUCCAGAGACCCCACACCUCUUCUCAGAUCUGAUGAAAUCCAGCAGCGGAGAGGCUGCUGCAUGCACUCACAGCAAGAACACCAACCACAGACUGUGAGAAAUGUUUGGUUGAUUCCUUUCACUUCUCUGUGGGAUGCACUUGUCCCCUCUGGACAUUCUCACAUGGGAGCUUGACCUGAGAUGGCAGCUCUUCCCCAGACCACUGUCUUCUCUUGGGGAAGGAAGGAGCUGCAUAUCUGUGUCAGAUUCAUUGUGUGAUCUCUACAAGAUAACUCCCCUCUUUGUCCUGUUUUCCUUCCACACAUCUCUCCUCUUCCCUGGACAUCUCAUCUUUGGCUAUUGAUACAUGCACACCAGGCUGGUUGCAAAUCCGAUGAAAAGGCACUGCCUGAGUGAUUUGAGGCCAUUGAGGCUCACUCUGUCCUAUCAAGAAGCCACACUCCUGGGGACUCCUUAGCCACCAUCCUCACCCUUUUCCCGGGACUUAUUGUCUCAUAUACACAGCUGGGUGCCCAAGUACCAGGAACGUGCUCUGAUGCUAAACCUGGACAGUGGCAAAGGAGAGGUGACAUGGUGAGGUCAGGAGAAGCAAUCAGCUCCCAGCUGCAGCAGGAGUUGGGCCACACAGCUCUCAGCUGUGUGUGAAUCUGCAAAGACGGGUUUUGAACCUCUAUGUCACUUGGAAGAAAUGGAGAGUCUUGAUAGAAGGCAAAUUGGGCCUUGGGAGAAUAGUGCCCGUUCCACUGGUGCCACUGUGCCCUGACUCUUCUCCUAAACAUUCUCUGAUCCUUGCAGUCCCUGCAGCCUCUCUCCAUGGGCCUCCAGGACACAGCUCUGCUCAGCCAGAAUGAAAACUCACUUGGGCAGCAGGUCUAGCCCUCAGCGGGCUGCUAAGAACCUUGUACUUGGUGGAAGGACAUGGAUGGACGGAUGCUUGGGUUUAAGGGUCCAAAUCAGAACAAGUCUCUUCUCUACAGAAUUUGUUUCUGUCAUUCGUUCCUCCAAGAGCAGACAGUAGGCAGCUGAAUAUUUGGCCCUGAAUUAGAACCUAUAGCAUCACAUUAGCCACGGAGUGACAGUUCUGAUUGGCAGGUCCCCAGGUUAAUGCUGAUAGCCGUGGUGAAUCUUGUCCUCAGAAUGUAGAUAUAGUUAAGAAUUUGUGGGCAACUGUGGGAGGUUUAGGUGACUUAAAAUACCUUUCCUUUAUUCCAGAAGUUGAGCUUCUAGUGGGUUGUGGGGUUCCGACUCUCCUCCAAGAAGUCUAGGGUCAGAUCAGUGGGCUAAGGUCUGGGAGUCCUAAGUGCUCAGACCCAGGUCUUAGAUUCCACUGGGAACCCUGUCACAGGCAUUUCUCACCCUUCCUCAAAAUGCGGGUGGGGGUUGGGUUGCAGGGGGGAGCCUUUGCUCUCUCCCAUUUUAAGUCUUCCAUCUGCUCUACCUGGUGACCAAAGAACCAGAUUUCUGGAACUGGGGUGUUGGGGUAGGGGUGGGGGUGGGAAACUUUCCCAGAAUGAUGCAGUGUCUCUUUCCAGAACCAAAGCAUCUCCAUCUUUGUAGAACUUUUGGGAUUCUCUCCGAAUCCCUUUUUUAAAUAUAAAUGAACCCCAAUAGCGCAAGGGGACAGGAGUCCCUUCAUGAGGCCCAUUAAUCCCUUUCUGUACUUACCAAGGAAACAUGCACUAGAGAGAUAGAUGAAGACCAGACAAAAUGUCCCCUAGGUUGACUGAUGAAAUUCUUGUCUUCUUUUUGGCAGAACCCCAGAUGCAGAUUUUUAGGGGCAAGGAAUGUGCUAGAAGCAAUUUGAUAGGCAGUGUUGGCUGUUAGAUGUAGCUCAUCCGUUUCUUCCCAAAGAUCUUCCAAAGGAGAUGUGGAAACGGGCAUAAACAGGGCCCUGAGAAUAGUCUUACACCUCGAACAUUUGUGAGUGAAAACGGAGAAGGCCAGGAAGGAGGUGUGUGGCCUCAAUACCUUGUUACCUGAGUCUUCCUGUGUGUGAAUCUUGCAUGGAUGCCCUCACCAGACUCAGCUCCCUCCUUUGCUGUCAAUUUCCAGGAGCCCUGAGCUGGCUGCAGCUGGGCAUGAUGAUCAGCCUCCCAGCUUCUGCUCCUGUGAACUCAAUUUCUAUGAGCUCGGUGAGUGUUUGGUGUUGGAAUGACCACAGAGCAGUCUGUUCUCUGCAUUGUAGUGCUGUGUGAACAUUGGCACCUUAUUCAAAAUGAAAUGUUUCAACUCUAUUUUUCAAAAUAAAACGAGUCGAGUCCUUGAGAAGCCUGUUGGGAGUAUAAAGGA